AUGAAUGUAACAAGUUUAUUCUCCUUCACCAGCCCCGCAGUGAAGAGGCUGUUGGGGUGGAAGCAAGGGGAUGAAGAAGAGAAAUGGGCAGAGAAAGCUGUUGAUGCAUUAGUGAAAAAGCUGAAGAAGAAAAAAGGUGCUAUGGAGGAGCUGGAAAAAGCACUAAGCUGUCCUGGUCAGCCCAGCAACUGUGUCACAAUUCCUCGUUCCUUGGAUGGCCGGCUCCAGGUGUCGCACCGGAAAGGGCUCCCACACGUCAUUUACUGCAGAGUGUGGCGCUGGCCAGACCUGCAGAGUCAUCACGAACUGAAACCUCUGGAAUGCUGUGAGUUCCCCUUUGGUUCAAAGCAGAAGGAGGUUUGCAUCAAUCCCUACCACUACAAGCGGGUGGAAAGUCCUGUUCUUCCUCCAGUGCUGGUUCCAAGGCACAGCGAGUACAACCCCCAGCACAGCCUCUUGGCGCAGUUCCGCAACCUGGGACAGAACGAGCCCCAUAUGCCGCACAACGCGACUUUCCCGGACUCUUUCCAGCAGCCCAACAGUCACCCAUUCCCCCACUCGCCCAGCAGCAGCUACCCAAACUCACCUGGAAGCAGCAGUAGCACCUAUCCACAUUCUCCAGCCAGCUCAGACCCGGGAAGUCCUUUCCAGAUGCCAGCUGAUACUCCCCCGCCCACUUACCUGCCUCCGGAAGAUCCGAUGACACACGAUACCUCCCAGCCCAUGGAUACCAACAUGAUGGCACCUGCAAUUCCCCCUGACGUGCACAGAGGAGAUGUCCAGGCAGUUGCUUAUGAAGAGCCGAAGCACUGGUGCUCCAUCGUCUACUAUGAGCUGAACAACCGCGUCGGGGAGGCGUUCCACGCGUCCUCCACCAGCAUCCUGGUGGAUGGCUUCACUGACCCCUCCAACAACAAGAACAGGUUCUGCCUGGGGCUGCUCUCUAACGUCAACCGCAACUCCACCAUCGAGAAUACGAGGCGGCACAUUGGCAAAGGUGUCCAUCUCUACUACGUUGGAGGGGAGGUGUACGCUGAAUGUCUGAGUGACAGCAGCAUCUUUGUGCAAAGUCGGAACUGCAACUACCACCACGGGUUCCAUCCCACCACUGUCUGCAAAAUCCCCAGUGGCUGCAGUCUGAAGAUUUUCAAUAAUCAAGAGUUUGCUCAGCUCCUGGCUCAGUCUGUGAACCAUGGCUUUGAGACAGUGUAUGAGCUUACUAAGAUGUGCACUCUCCGGAUGAGUUUUGUAAAGGGUUGGGGAGCUGAAUAUCAUCGCCAGGAUGUAACAAGCACUCCGUGCUGGAUAGAGAUACAUCUCCAUGGUCCCCUUCAGUGGCUGGAUAAAGUACUUACCCAGAUGGGCUCUCCUCAUAAUCCUAUUUCUUCAGUGUCUUAA